GAAAUCUAUAAUUUGAUUGGCUCAUAUGUUACUCAAUCCUUUUCCCAGUGACUAAUUGACUAUAGGAUUUGUUGGUCAAAGUUAUUGACAUUUCUGUUGGAGGAUUUAGUUUUGUAGGUUUUUCAAUUGCUAAAAACCAUUUUUCUUAACUAAAAUUUGCUUUAUGUGGUUUUAACUUUUAAAGUAAGCCAUUCAGCAUUGUGAAUUUGUGAAAUAUGUGCUAUACGAUUCUAGAUAGGGGCAUUAUUCUUUGUGAUAAUUGCUUGAAUGUCAAUCUUCAAGCUGAUGACUUCUUUCAUCUUGAAUUGCCAGUAUUUCAUUAUUUUUUUUGUUGUUUCUGCACUUAUGCUUCACUUUUUGUCCUUUUGAAUUUGAAUGAUGAGCCUAUUUUUGGUGAAGCUGGUACUCCUGCUUGAUACAUGAGAACUCUCACUUAUUGGUAGAAGUUUUACCGAGUUCCUUUGUCCUAGAAAACUUGGACCUUGAACUUGUAUUAUUUUACAAAUAUCUUGUAUGGCUCUUUAAUGCUUAAUUCAGACUGCUAAUACCAGCAUUGCUGCAGAUAAUCAAGCGAUCAAAUGAGAUUGUGUGAGAAACCAUCUGGGGAGCCCCGUGUUUCAGAACACAUUGGCGAGAUAAAGGACAUGAUAACCCAGAUUAUCAACAAUGGUUAUGCAUAUGAAGUUGAUGGUGAUGUUUUUUAUGCUGUUGAGAAAUUCCCAAGUUAUGGCAUGCUGUCUGGACAAAAGCUGGAACAUAACAGAGCAGGGGAACGAGUUGCUGUUGACUCCAGAAAGCGUCACCCAGCUGAUUUUGCAUUAUGGAAGGCUGCUAAGCCAGGUGAGCCUAGCUGGGACAGCCCUUGGGGUCCUGGAAGGCCUGGGUGGCACAUUGAAUGCAGUGCAAUGAGUGCUUGUUAUUUAACUCAUAAAUUUGAUAUUCAUGGUGGUGGAAUUGAUUUAAUCUUUCCUCAUCAUGAGAAUGAGAUCGCACAGAGCUGGGCUGCUGACAAAGAGAGCAAUGUCAGCUAUUGGAUGCACAAUGGGCAUGUCACUAACAAUAAUGAGAAGAUGUCAAAAUCCUUAGGCAAUUUUUUCACUAUUCGGCAGAUAAUUGAGCGUUACCAUCCACUUGCUUUGAGACACUUUUUAAUUACUGCCCAUUACAGAUCUCCUCUAAAUUACACAGUCUUACAGCUGGAGAAAUCAUCUGAUGCUAUUUAUUACAUAUUUGAGACUCUUGAACGUAGUAAAGAGGCUUUAUCAUCAAUUCUACAAGGGGACACUGAGAAGAAUGAAAAAAUGCCUCAAAUUAAUGAGGCUGCCAAGGAGUGUAUUAAGAAUUUGAAUGUUGAGUUUCAAACAAAAAUGUCGGAUGACUUGCAGACCUCAGUAAUACUAAAUGGUGCUCUCCUAGAGGCAUUGAAAUUUGUGAACAGAUCUUUGAAAAUGCUGAAGAAGAAGAUGCAAAAAAGGGCACUAUUGCAACUGGUUCAAUCCCUAUUGGAAGUUGAGAAAGAAGUGAGAAAAGUUUUGAAUGUGCUAGGAUUAUUGUCUUCUCAAUCCUAUGCUGAGGUUCUGCAGCAGUUAAAAGACAAGGCAUUGAAGAGAGCAGGUCUGACAGAAGAUGAAGUUCUACAUCUAAAAGAAGAAAGAACUCAAGCUAGGAAAAAUAAGGAUUUUCCCAAGAGUGACAAGAUUAGAGAUGAUUUGAAAGCAAAGGGCAUUCAACUUCAGGAUGAUGGUGACGAAACAAUUUGGACACCAUGCAUCCCAACCCCAAGUGAAGCACUUGUUGCAGAAGUUGUUCAGACAGAUCCCAGUGCACCUACAGUUAAGGAAGAACAGUCAACACCUCCAGUGAAUCAAAAAGUGGAGGAAAUACCUAUCAAUCAAGAAGGGAAUGGGCCACAUACAUCUACAUGACGGUGGGAUUAAUGUCCCUCCAUAGGAUACGAUUAAUACAGAACUAAGUUAUUAUUUAUUAAUACCCAUGAUUAUUCAAGAUUGUAUAUCAAUUCAAGGUUUUGGCCAAGUGUUUUGGUUCCUCUUCCUGUCUCUAGAUUAGUUUAGCUGGCCUUGACAAUUACAUGAACAGAACCUCAAAAUUGAGAAAUUUUUCACUGCUACACGGUAGCAUGCUGUGAUUUUAGUAUCUGAUAAUUUUCCAAUUAAACUU